CGAAAAUAGUCGAGCGCGACUGAAGAUUAUCAAACAUCUGACACGAAGAACUUCGCAGAGAUCUAAAAUAAUAUUUAUUUGUUUGAAUAAGUUACUUGGUGUGCGCUUUUUUACGCUUCGAAUCAGAAUGGCGCAGAAUCACGCUAGGUUGAAGAAACGGCGGCGCGAAGCUUUUAAUGUUGAUGUCAAGCUGGUCGAAAUUUAUGAAGACCUAGCUAACGAGAAAGAUGAGAUCCGAUUGAAGGCAGCACAGGAGCUGGUCUCCCGGUUUUUGCCAGAGAACAGCCCGACAGAUGAUCAGAUCCAAAAAGCACUGCAGAGACUUUUCCGCGGAUUGUGCAGUAGCCGAAAGGCUGCCAGAGUCGGCUUUUCCAUCGCCUUAACAGAGAUUCUGUCCCAGAUUUUCUCUCCAUCGCAGAAAUUGGCCUCUGAGUGGAGUGUCUCGAAGGCAUUGGAUAUCUGGGAGUCACAGUCUGAUGCUUCCGGUAGCGCCUCCGGACAGGAGGAGAGAGAUCAUCACUUUGGGCGUCUGUUUGGAGCAGAGGCUGUCAUAAAAUCUUCUGUUCUCUUCCACGCCAAUGCCUCGUUCCAGGACUGGACUAGAGUCCUGACCGUGAUCUUCGAUCUGGCAAAGAAGAAGCCAUGGCUCAGAGAAGAGUGCGGCUGGAUCAUGUACCGCUGUAUUUUCGAUCUAGCUGCUCAGAAGCUGGACACGAAGUACGUGGAAUCUAUCCUCGACCAGCUUUGUGCGAACGAUCUUGCACGGACACCUGAAGGCGUUGCUAUCUGGUUGGCUGCCAAAGACUCGUUCCCCAAGGCCAAGUUCCCACAGAAUGUGUGGAAAUACGAAGACCCUCUUGACUCUCGUGACAAGAGCACCCUUGCCAAGAUCAUGAAAGAGUCUUCUGAUGUCGAGGCCCAGUCUGAGGGCAGUGGAACGAAACAGUCGGGAGUCUGGAACUCGAAGCUCCAUUUCGCCUGGGAUGCUGUAUUGAGCAGAAUAUUUGCUUCCCCGCAGAAGAAGGAAAAGUCAAAGGAUAAAACAUCCAAGUCGUCGCGCACAAGUUUCGUCGACUUCUGGGUGGAAGUUGUCGACAAUGGGCUUUUCGCAGCAGCCUCAUCAGAAGAACGGAAAUAUUGGGGAUUUCUCCUAUUCAUCAAGACUCUCAACGAAGCCCCUCAGAAUUUUGCGUCUCUCGUCUUCACCAAGAACCUUAUCAGAUGUCUCAUGAAUCAACUUGCAGUUGAGGACCGGUAUCUCCAUCGCAUGGCUGUUAAAGCUGCUAAGACUAUACAAGGUCGUGUCUCGAAGGAGCCUGACUUUGCGGCAGCCGCGAUUAACGGCUUGAUGGGACCUACGGGAUCCGUGAACUUUGACCAGAUAACGAAGACCAAGACUGUGGAAAAGAUCGUCACUGAAGCUGACGCGGAGUCACUGAAGCAAAUCCUUGUUCUGUUCGAGCGCCUAAUUGCCGCGCCGGGGACAGAGGAUAUCAAAGCUGCAGCUUCCAGCCGUCAGAACCUUGCCAAUCUUCUAGUCUCAAUUGUCCGAUCCCGGGCAUCUGUCAAGACUGAAGAGGACGAUUUCCACGAUGCGAUCGAAGCUAUUCUAUCUAUUUUUGUCCGCUUUGCUUACUUCGUGGACAAAGGCGACAGUACUCAACCGCCUCUGACGCAGGCCACGCAGGAGCUCUUCCGCAACAGGAUUAACUCAUGCCUUAAUAGUUUGGUCGGAGCCCGCAAGGACCCGGCCAAUCUCCCGUAUACUGUGAUUCGCAAAAUUCGCGAUGCUGCCAAGUCAGCAGAGUACGGUAAAUUCAUCAUUGAAAUGGACGACACGGUCCAAGAAGCCAUUGAUGGAGCAUUCAAGUCGCUCAAGAAACUUGCCAGCAAAGAAAAGCACGGCGAGAAGGAAAUCUCCGGUAUCCAGGCAUUCAAGCUUCUCUAUUCGAUGACUAUUCUGCAAGUCUACUACGGUGAUGGCGAUGCUGUGUCUAUGCUGGGGGAGCUUCAGUUCUGCUACGACAAAUUCAUCGGCAAGAAAUCGAAGGAUAACACUUCUGAUGCCUCUGAUGCUCUUGUCGAGAUUCUUCUGAGCUUCGCAUCUAAGCCUUCACAAUUAUUCCGUCGCAUGAGCGAGCAAGUCUUUGGCGCUUUUGCGAACCAAGUCACUGCAGACGGCCUCCAGUCACUCAUCUCGGUCCUGGAAGUCAAAGAAACCCUGGCUGGCCAGCAGGAGAUGUUUGAGCAGCAGGACGACGAUGAGGAUGAGGAGAUGCUUGAUGCGGAUGAUGACGACGAGGAGGAUAGCGACGUAGAAGUUGUCGAUGCAAAGGAUGAAGACAGCUCCGACGAAGACGGCGAGGAAGAAGAAAGCGGCUCUGAAGCGUCUGCCGAUGAAGGCGAGAAUGAUGAGGAGUUGGCACUUUUCGACGCCAAACUCGCUGAAGCUCUCGGCACUCACCGGGCCGAUCAGGACCUGAACGAAGACUCCGAGGGAUCGGACGCCGAUAUGAAUGAUGAGGAGAUGGAAGCCUUGGACGACCAGAUCGUCAAGGUGUUCCGUGCUCGCAAUAAGGCUGCCAGCAAGAAGAAGGACAAGAAGGACGCCAAGGAGAACAUGGUGAACUUCAAGAACCGUGUUCUGGACCUACUCGAAAUCUACGUGAAGAAGUGCCAUUCCAGUAUCUUGGCCCUUGAUUUGCUUCUUCCGCUGUUGAAGCUCAGCCGGAAGUCUACGGUCAAGCAGAUCUCGGGGAAAGCCAAUGCGGUGCUCCGCGAGUACACGAAGCUCUGCAAAGGCUCUGCCAUCCCGGCCAUAGAGUCGACGGAAGCUGUCUGGGAGCUCCUAAAGGACGUCCACAAAGAAGCCAGCUAUAGUGGCCCACCUGCUCAUGCUUCGUCGUGCAGCCAAGCCAGUCUACUCCUGGCUAAGGUUCUGGUGGCGCAUGACAAGGGAGCUAUUUCGGGUGUUGUCGAUGUGUAUGCCUCGACGCGCAAAGAGCAGCUCCUCAGCAAGAAGUGCCAUGUGCAGCCGUCCUUCUUUACCGAGUGGAACAACUGGUGUGUCUCGAUGAGCAAGCAACUGAAGGAUUAG